AUGGGUUCCUUAUCUCUGAAUAAGCUGAUCCGGGAACCUCUGAAGAGAGGAUCUUCUAUCGAUCACCUUGAAUAUGUCGAUAGCACGCCCAUCAUAGGCCGGGAGUAUCCAACAGCAAAGCUCAAAGACGUGAUUCAAGCCCCUAAUGCUGACGAACAAUUGCGAGAUCUUGCCAUCACCAUCUGCGAGCGCGGCGUCGUCUUCUUCAGGGCCCCUCAAGAUGAUCUCUCUAUCGAAGAGCAGAAGUAUAUCACCGACAUGCUGGGAAAAUUAACCGGGAGGCCCGCGGAGCAUGGGUUGCAUGUACACCCUCUUUACAAUGACCCUAAUAACCUUCCUAUGGCAGACGGAACUACCGAUAGGAAUAUCUAUGUCAUCAACUCGGAGGCAGCUAAGAAGUUAUAUGCUACGAUGAAGAAUCGCCCCGGCUCUGGCGACGAACCCCGAGAUCUAGGUCGCGAAUGGCAUAGCGAUAGUCUCUUCGAGAAUUGUCCGUCGGACUUCUCCUUCCUACGAAUGCAGGAUACGCCGCCGGCUGGCGGCGACACCCUUUGGGUAUCGGGGUAUGAGCUAUACGACCGUCUGUCGCCCCCUUUUCAAAAGUUUCUCGAAGGUUUGACAGCUACAUGCGCGCAACCAGUUUUUGAAUCGGCUUGCAAAGCCGGCGGGUACGAGGUCACGUCUCCCCGCGGGUCGCCUCUCAACGUCGAUUACGAAUUCUCUCCAUCUCACCCGGUCAUACGCACACACCCAGUAACCGGUUGGAAGUCAGUGUUCGCGGGUGUCGGUCUACAUGUCAGUCGCAUCAACGAUGUUUACUCCUACGAGGAUUACAUGAUCCGAGAUUACAUCAUGCGCCUCAUCACGCGCAACCACGACUGCGUGGCGCGGAUGCAUUGGACGAGAGGAGCUUGCGCUAUCUGGAGUAAUAUAUGUACUCUUCACGCCGCUACCCCCGACACGCAUCUCGUGGGAGGCAUAAGGACGGGCGUGCGAGCAUCAGGUAUCGGCGAAAAACCAUAUCUCGAUCCAGCCAGCACUGGCAGAAGAGAAGGGCUAGGACUACAGCGAUUCUAA